CUUCAAACCUCGUCACAAAGUGAAGCCGCCAAGCCGCCGUGUUCUGGACCCGCGGCUCUUCCAGCAUCCCCGAUUCUUCCUCUGCCAUCACCACGACGCCUUUCUUUCUCUCCGUUUUCCGCUGUCUCAGCUUUUGAUCUGCACUUUAAACCCCCGACCUAGCAUUUCAAGACCUUGUCAGCUGUGCUGGUUCACCCCCCGAUCGACCGCCCUUUCUUCUGCCCCUCGGCCAAGCAGCGCACGCUCUUAUCAAUCCAACCCAAACUUUCGUCUACCCCGCGCCUUCCGAGACCCUGUUUCAUCGCGCGUCCUUACCGUGAUACAUCGAACCUAGCGAUUUCUUUUCUUUCUCAAAGACCUCCUACAUUAGAACCGAGCGCUUGGAGCGUGUGUGAUUCGAAGAUGGGCAAGUCGCAGUCGAAGCUCUCCCCCUCCCAGCUGGAGGAACUCCAAAAAGCCACGCAUUUCGAUAAGAAGGAAUUGCAACAAUGGUAUAAAGGAUUCUUGAAGGACUGUCCGUCGGGGACACUCACCAAAGAGGAGUUUCAGAAAAUCUACCGGCAGUUUUUCCCCUUUGGCGACCCGUCGUCAUUCGCAAAUUAUGUGUUCCGCGUGUUCGACUCGGAUAAUAGCGGCAUGAUCGAUUUCAAAGAAUUCAUCUGCGCCUUGUCGGUCACGUCGCGCGGCAAGAUGGAGGACAAGCUGGACUGGGCCUUCCAAUUGUAUGACAUUGAUGGUGAUGGCAAGAUCACGUAUGACGAAAUGCUGGCGAUCGUUGAGGCGAUCUACAAAAUGGUGGGCUCGAUGGUGAAACUUCCCGAGGACGAGGAUACACCGGAGAAGCGCGUGCGCAAGAUCUUCCGCAUGAUGGAUAAGGAUGAGAACGGCAGCCUCGACAUGGAAGAGUUCAAGGAGGGCAGCAAGCGGGACGAGACCAUCGUCAGCGCGCUGUCGUUGUAUGAUGGGCUGGUGUAGGGAUAGAUCGGCUAACUACUGCUACAACCACAACCACAACCACAACAGCAAGACUGUUACUAGCUGCUGUCUAGUUGGGUGGGCCGGUGGCAUAAUGACCAUGGUUGCUUCUUCGCAUCCUUGAUGUGUCUCGGAUGGUGAAACUCUCCUCCUGGUGAAUUGGCGCUAACUGUUGACAUGCUUUAUCUGCUUCUGCUUCUUUUCGUCCAUUUUUGUGACUUGGCUUCUUCUUCUCUUUUUCUUUCUUUCGUUCUAUGUGUUUGCUCAUUCUUCAGGAUUCCCAUUAUUACUGCUCGUAUUGACUUGAUAAAUGCGCCCAAGCCUGGAAUCCACCGCCAUGCCUUUGCACUAACGCACUACCGAUAGUUGUCGCGGCUGCUCAUAGCGGUAUUUUUGAUUGUCCAUUUUCUUUCUUAAACUUCUUGCUGAGCUGGAACUAUGGCCGCUGGAGACAACCUGGGUAUGUACAAAGGGUGAGAGGGGAGUCAAUUCCCGGCCGAUGAAAAUAUAUUUAUGAUCGCUUGUACAUAGUCGUUUAGCUGUUAUUUUGACUAUUUUUUUUUUUUUUCUUUCUUUUUUUUUU